AUUUGCGUGCUAAUAUUCGUCCUCCUUUGAGGACAUUUUGGGGACAUUUCCCCCCCCUGUAAUUACAACAUGUCCACAUAGAUUGUUGUUAUAAACAUAUCCACACGCAUGCGCAGAAAGCCACAGCUGUUCCCAGCACCAGCAGCAGCAGCAGCAGCCCGGCGCAUCCAGCAGUCCCGACAACAGCACAUGGAUCCCCAGUGAGAAGAGCGCGCGCUCCGGCAGGAGGUGUUACAAAGGAGUGUGAGCUGCGAUGGCGUCGUGCUCCGAGGCCUGUGUCUCCGGCUCGGGAGGAGAAUCCUCUGGAAGUGAGGCAGGUUCCAGCUGUCUGCAGUUCGGCGUGCGUUCCUAUCUGCACCACUUCUACGAGGAGUGUUCGUCCUCCAUGUGGGAGAGAGACCCUCAGGACCGGGGGUUCGUCCAGAGCCAGAGAUCAGCCCUGUGGUGGAACUCAGCAGUCUGGAAGGUGUCCUUGGCCGUGGGUCUCCUGAUCCUCACUGCAGGCGUCGCCAGCCUGUCGGUCGGUUACUCCACUCCCCAUAAAAUCGAGUCGUUCGGAGAGGGCGACCUGUUCUUUGUGGACACGCAGGCCGUCGGAUUCAACCGGGGGCUGUAUCUCAGCACCGCGGCCGGGAUCGGGCUCUCGUGUCUGGGCUCGGCGCUGGCGGUGAUGGGGGUCGUCGUGUGGAUUUUCCCCAGAGCCGACGUCAAAGCGAGGUCGUUCCGCAGCAGGACGGGGGAGAGGGACGGAGGAGGAGGGGAGUCCUGGUCCAAGUGGGGGGGAUUUAGGGAUCGUGUGGACGUGGUCACUCAGCCACCAGGUAUUGAAGAGGGGAAGAUGCCGGUCACGCUGUCAAAAGGGGAAAAUGUGCAGCCCACUUCUUAAUUGUUCUUUCUAGACUUUAAUAUUAUAGUUUAACAUAAACAGUGUUGGUACAUUUGAUGAUUGACUGAUUUAUUAUCAUUAGAUUGUAUCAUAUCAAGGAAAAAAGGACUUUGUUUCGUUGCACUGCGUGAUUUGUUCUUUGUGCCGUGGUUUUUUUGUUUGAGAUUCUGUCCGUGGGCGGGGCUUAGAAAGCUGCCUGCUGAUUGGCUACUGAGUUUUGGAGCGACAGCUCGGGCUUGGAGUCGCUGUCUAGUAUCUAACGUUUAUAAUCUGACAAACGUUGGAUACUUAGUUCCAGACGGACAGCGACUCCAAGCCCAACAAACAAUAAAAUACACACUAUUUUUGAAGGAUUAAAUCAAUAUUGUAUUUGCUUCUUAAAAAAAUCUUGUUUUAAAAUAUUGACACAAAUCUAAUUCCAUGUAUAACAAAGCUUCCUCAACUAAAGCACAACUUCAGUUUCAUCCAAACAAAGGAAAUAGCACAGAAAAAGAGAUCAUUUGACUAAAAAGAAGACCCUUUUUUGUCCUCAUAAAUUAAUCUCUUACUCACUGCUUUUACCUAGCUAUUACUAAAGGUAUUACAUUAUUAUUACACUAUUACCAUAUUGUUUUUGCACUGUAAUAUCAAGUGUUAUUCUGAAAUAACUAAACAAGUAAUAUUACAGUAACAUAACACAUUACUGCACAUAAUAUGUAGACAAGGUACUUCAAAAAUCUAAUUGAUCUCAUUUAUAUGUUGUUUUCAAAUAAUUCCCCUCAGUAUAAUUGAAUAAAAACAUAUAAAUGAGGCCCCAAGUCUUCAGCCUGAGACCUUUUUAAAAGCUCUUUGUUAAACUCCCGUGUAAAUACAGUGGAAUAGUAGAGUAAUCAGCGUUGUUUGUGUGGUGCAAUCGUCCCAUAUAUUAGGAAUACUCACCAACACUCACAGAGAGCAGAAUGACCUCCAGGUAUUUUGACUCCUUACUUGACAACAUUGUUUUUUAAUCCCUGUUUUAGGGUAAAAACAGACUAAGUCAUUGAGCUGAAUGCAGGAAUCAAUGCAUGUAUACAUGUAAGGAUCACAUGCAGAGCCGGUCAGAGAUUAUUCUUUUUUUUCUUUUUCUUUUUCUUAAAAGUUAAUAAUUCUGCAUGUACAUUUUCACACAUCUACAUUAAUGCACACUGUGCUGUGGUGUGGUGUGGUGGAAAAACAGUUCCAGUCACAAACAGUCACUCAGCCUUCACCCACACACACACACACACACACAAAUCCGUGCUUCAUUGACAAUAUCACCUAUUUCCUCUCCUCUGUAAUCUGGCUCCAUAAUUGCCUGCAAUAUGUGUCUCCAGGCAACAGCUGGGUUUUAAGUGUUCUAUUUUCACCUCUGAACAAAGACUCUUUUCUCAUUGGUCCCCUCAGCCCCCCCGACACACACACACACACCGUAUCUCUCUUUAUUUUUUUACAUCCAGUCAGAUGUUUUGUUUACAGUCAUAUUAUGUGAGUAAGUAUGAAAAGCACAGCAGUGACAGAGAUUUGCUCUUGACACCUGUUUGAUUGAGUCCUCUGGUUUAGUUAAAAAUAUGUAGUUUACAUACACAACUACAAACUAAACGCAAAAACAAUGGACACACAUUUGACGGCACUGGUUCCACUGGAUGUUUCAUGUUUUUACUGUGUUGUUAUUGAUGAUGAUGAUGAUGAAGAUUAAGGAGUAAAAUGAGGGUCAAAACCCCCGAAAAAAAACAAUAACCAGAAUAAACUUGUGACCUGCA